AUGCCAUAUGGAAGCUCAAUCCUGAUGCAACACCUUGUCGCAUUUGACGUUUGCCUCCCAGACCAUGGAACGAGGAAGUUGCAUCCGGUCAUCAAGGCUAAUUUUGGGUCAUCUGCAGGCUUUGACUUCGCAGAGAAGCAGUUACAGCAUAAUAUAGAUGUUUUAAUCGUUCCAUUUACGGUAUCUCAUUUCGCACUAGGAGAGAUUGAAGAAGGUCCCAUUGCAAGGAAUACGUCCAUGGCAAGCUUCUCCCCUAGCCCUUCAAACUCUAGUAUUGCAUUGAGUAUUUGCCGGGUCUCGAGUCCUUGGGAGCUGGCGUAG